AUGUCGGGACAGUUGUUUUACCAUUGGUGUGUUGUUGUUGGUGGUGGUGGCGUUGAUGUUGGUGAGGAUUAUGAUGUUGUCGGAUUUGGUGUUGGUGAUGGUGGUGGUUGUGAUGGGGUUGGUGGUGGUGCUUGUGGUAUUUCAAAAUGCCCAAGAUACGUGAAUGUGUUGAAAACUAUUGCCAAUCGAUUGUCGACUCCAACUCAUGUUGGAAAUCAAAAACGCCAAAUACACGGACCUUAA